AUGGCCAUCCAGGACAUGCGCCUGCUCGGCGGACUGGCGGCCUCCUUCUUCCUGGGCUUGCUGCUGCAGUUCUUGGGCUGCGCACUGUGGCACAACUGGUGGCCCAUGCUGACGGCCUUUGUGUAUGUCCUCGUGCCCAUGCCUUGGCUGUUCUUUGGCGGUGCCGGAUCCGGUGGCAGCAACCUGGCCAGCAGCUGGCAAGAUGCGGGCAAGUUCCUGGUCGGCUUCUCGGCGGUAGCGGCGGUGGCUAUCCCCACCAUCCUGUACCAUGCACAGAAAAUCACGGCGGGGGCGCUGUGGAUGGAGCUGGCGGCGAUGGCCAUCCUGGGGGGCACCGUGCUGGCCUGGCAGUUUUACUCGGAAAACGAGGGCUCCUCGCCCUUCUACUACUGA